ACAGUCUGCCCCCACCCGCGGAACUCCAGUCCCUGCAGAUGAUCUGGAGGAAAUGUUAUGAAGACGGGUUUUAUGCCAAUAAUCAUACGUGUGCAAGCAACUAGCAUUUCACAGGCUAAAAUUAGGUGUGGAUUUAAAAUACACAUUGAAGAGCUGUUGAAUCACCAUCUCUGGAAAAUGGAUCCAGGAUACUUGUUACACCUCGCUAUUUGAAAUACGUCUCAAUUCAUCUCCUCGCUGGCUUUCUUUCUACCACCAACAACAUACCAGGCCGACGUCGACGACAGCUAGCGUGUAUUGCUAGCCACCUAGCUAACAUACUGCUAGCUACUGGUUUCCCCAUUUCUUUUCUCAGGUGUCCACAAUGACAACUAACGUCCUGCAUGCUCCWCCCACACCUAGCCCUGCCUCUUCGUGAUUGAACAGCUGCURACUGACCAGAGAGGUGAAAAAUGUCUGUGUUGCCAUGACUUAAAGACAUCAAUCAAAGAUGGAGAAAAAGAAAAUGUGCCCCCGUCUUCUGGACUACCUGGUGGUGGUCGGAGCCAGGCAGCCCAGCACUGACAGCGGAUCCCAGACCCCCCAGCUCCUCCGUCGCUACCCGCUGGAGGACCACCCAGACUUCCCUCUGUCCCCGGACGUGGUCUUCUUCUGUCAGCCUGAGGGAUGCCAGAGCAUCCGGCAGCGCCGGGUCAGCCUGCGAGACGACGCCUCCUUCGUCUUCGCACUCACUGACAAAGACUCGGGCAUCACGCGCUAUGGUAUCUGCGUCAACUUCUACCGCUCCUUCCAGCGAGGGGGGCACCGCCGUGACAAGGCGGGUAGCGGUGGAACGGUGGCGCAGACAGCGGAAGCGACCAGCGAGGGUUCCGAUGGCAGCGGUGGCUGCACCACUGCCUCCACGUUGCCGACGCCUGCCAGUGCUGACACAACAACCACACCUGUGCCAGGCACGGAGCCGGGACCACCCGGUGGCGAGCCAAAUGCCGGCAGGUCCCCUCGGCACAAACGCAGCACUGCCAAGAUGGUCAGUCGGAACCGCGACAGCACGCUGACCUCGCUGUGCAUGAUCAGCCACUACCCCUUUUUCUCCACCUUUAGGGAGUGCCUGUACAUCCUUAAGAGAAUGGUGGACUGCUGCAGCCACAGGUUGACCCAGCGUGCCGGCCUGGCCCGCGCAACUCAGAGGGACACCAUGUGGCGCGUGUUCACGGGGGCCCUGUUGGUGGAGGAGAAGGGCAGCCAGCUGCUGGCUGACCUGCGGGAGAUCGAGUCCUGGGUCUACCGCCUCCUGCGCUCCCCGGUGCCCGUGGCGGGCCAACGGCGCGUAGAUGUGGAGGUGCUGCCCCACGAGAUGCAGCCGGCACUCACCUUYGCCCUGCCCGACAACUCUCGCUUCUCCAUGGUGGACUUCCCCCUGCACCUGCCCCUGGAGUUGCUGGGUGUGGACGCCUGCCUCAUGGUGCUCAGCUGCAUCCUGCUGGAGCACAAGGUGGUCCUGCAGUCGCGGGACUACAAUGCCCUGACCAUGAGUGUCAUGGCGUUUGUGGCCAUGAUCUACCCCCUGGAGUACAUGUUCCCUGUCAUUCCCUUACUGCCCACCUGCAUGGCCUCCGCUGAACAGCUUCUCCUCGCCCCCACCCCUUACAUCAUAGGUGUGCCUGCCAGCUUCUUCCUCUACAAAUCCGAUUUCAAAAUGCCCGACGAUGUGUGGCUCGUGGACCUGGACUGUAACAAGGUCAAAGCACCCACCAAUGCAGAGCACCUACCCCCUCUUCCCGAGCCGGAAUCCACAGAACUCAAGAAACACCUGAAACAGUGUCUGGUUAGGUUGACCGUGAUCACCCAAAAGCAGAUCUUCUCCUCUGACAAUAAGGCCCUGGCCAGCAUGAGUCUCAACACCCAGCCCAUUCUGAACCUGGAGAAGUUCCAGGAGGGCCAGGAGUUACCCCUGCUCCCCCCCGGCCAGAACAAGGCGUCGCCCUCCUCCACCGAGUUCAACCCCCUCAUCUACGGCAACGACGUGGACUCUGUGGAUGUGGCCACCAGGGUUGCCAUGGUGCGGUUCUUCAACUCCCCCAAUGUGCUCCAGGGUUUCCAGAUGCACACGCGUACGCUGCGCCUCUUCCCCCGGCCUGUGGUGGCAUUCCAGGCCACGUCCUUCCUGGCCUCACGGCCCCGACGCUCAGGCUUCGCUGAGAAGCUGUCGCACACCCAGGCCGUGGAGUACUAUGGCGAGUGGGCCCUCAACCCCACCAACCUGGCCUUUCAGAGGAUCCACAACAACGUGUAUGACCCAUCUUUAAUCGGAGACAAGGGCAAGUGGUACGCCCACCAGCUGCAGCCAGUGUUCUACCGUGUGUAUGACGGCAGCUCCCAGCUGGCCGAGGCCAUGAGCGGACCCGUAGAAGAUGAGGCCAACGACUCGGACCACACAGACGACAGUGCGGCCGACGGAGACAUAGCAGAAGAAGCAGCAUGCGACAGUGAGGCUGGCUACGAUGACUCCAGCUCUUCCUACUCGUCACUUGGAGACUUGGUGAGCGAAAUGAUCAAAUGUGACAUCCAAGGGGACACGCCAAACCUGGAUCCCCCUACCCACGCUGCACUGGGAGACGCCAGCGAAGUGGAGUUCCAGGACUUCCAGGAGUUCAAGGGAGGAGAGGGUCCUCUCCCCCAAGAGAAGCCACUGCCUGAGGGGGGUGACGGAGCUCCUGAACCUCCUGAUGGACAAGCCCUCCGCUCGAGCUCCAGCACAACCGCCAGCUCCAGCCCCAGCACCAGCACAAUCAUCCAGGGAGUCAACAAUGAGCAGGCAGAACCAGUGGAAAUGGAGGCAUUGGCCAGUACAGCUCUACAGAACCCUGUCCCGGGAUUGGGCGCUCCGCCCUUCUCCAGACCUCCCCCAGACGCCGCCCCAGUGGGACCAGCCAAUAAGAAGGGAGAGUACGACAACCCCUACUUUGAGCCUCAGUAUGGCUUCCCUGCUGAGGAGGACCCUGAGGCAGAAGACCAAGAGGAGACAUACACGCCCCGGUUCAACCAGAACCUCAAUGGCAACAAAGCCCAACGCCCCCUGAGGCCCAGCAGCCUAAAGCUGCCCGGAGAGUCGGACGGGGAGGGCGACUCCCGCAACAGUUCUCCAAACUCCACCAUCUCCAACAACAGCAGCGAUGGCUUUGGGGGCCUCAUGUCCUUUGCCAGUAAUCUGUACAAGAACCACGGCACCAGCUUUAGCCUCUCCAACCUGUCUGUACCCAACAAGGGGGGGCUGAGGGAGAAGGCCGCUGGGGCUGGGCCCUUCCCCAAUCUCAAAGUAUUUGGACUAAAUUCUCUAAUGGAGAUAAUUACAGAGGCCGGUCCGGUGAGUGGAGAAGGAGGYGCCCGCGGUCCCCCCAGGGCGCUCGUUGACCAGAAGUCGUCGGUCAUUAAGCACAGUCCCACAGUCAAGAGAGAGUCCCCUUCGCCCCAGGGCCGUGCCAACAACACCAGUGAGAACCAGCAGUUCCUGAAGGAGGUGGUGCAGAGCGUGCUGGAUGGCCAAGGCGUGGGCUGGCUCAACAUGAAGAAGGUGCGCCGCCUGCUGGAGAACGAGCAGCUGCGCGUCUUCGUGCUGAGCAAGCUGAACCGGGCUGUCCAGUCAGAGGAGGAUGUCAGGCAGGAGGUCAUCCGGGAUGUGGAGAUUAGCAGGAAGGUUUACAAGGGCAUGUUAGACAUACUGAAGUGCACCGUUUCUAGUCUGGAACACUCGUACACCAAUGCCGGGCUUGGAGGCAUGGCCAGCGUCUUCGUUCUGCUGGAAAUCGCACGCACCCACUACCAAACCAAAGUAGACCCAGAGAAGCACAAGAGGAGCCCCAGUGACUCUGCAAGCAGCCCGGGCAGCAAGGAGAGCCCGUCUGCCCGCAUGGAGAGCACCAGGCCCCCGGUGCUCCUCGUGGUGCCCCGUCUCCAACUGCCGCACCCCACCUCGGGGGGCAAAGGCACCCACCACUUUGACACCCGGAGUCUGAACGAGGAGAAUUUUAUUGCCUCCAUUGAAUUGUGGAGCAGGCACCAUGAAAAGGAUAAGCAAAAAGCUAUGGAAAAACAACAGAGAGCGGAGGGGGCUAAGAAACAGCACCCUGAGCUGACUGACACAGAGGAGAAGAAGUCCCAGAUCAGUGCUGACAGUGGCCUCAGCGUCACCUCUGGAUCCCAGAAGAGUGACACAGAGUCUGUGACCGGCACUGAACCGCCAGUCCUUACCAGAAGCACCAGCCAGGACUCAGAGGCCAGCACAGUGAUAAGUAACAGCUCAGGGGAGACGCUGGGAGCUGACAGUGACUUGAGUAGCACCACUGGGGAGGGCUUGGGUGGCAGGCAAGCCCCCCACCUCAACCUCUCCAGGGGAACACUGUCCGACAGCGAGAUUGAGACCAACCCGGCCACCAGCUCAGUGUUUGGUAAGACCCAAAAGAUGAAGCCUUGUGUGAAGGAGGUGAAGGCUAAACUCGUGCCUGUCGUGGUUAAGGGGCCUCCCACCCAGCCCUUGGAAGACAUCAGCAUGAGGAUUUACCUGUGUGAUGGCCUGCUGGGGCGAGACAAGAGCUCCAUGUGGGACCAGCUGGAGGAUGCUGCCAUGGAAACCUUCUCUCUGAGUAAGGAGCGCUCUACACUGUGGGACCAGGUCCAGUUCUGGGAGGAUGCUUACUUGGAUGCUGUCAUGUUGGAGAGAGAGGGGAUGGGCAUGGACCAGGGACCUCAAGAGAUGAUUGACAGAUACCUGUCACUCGGGGACCACGACCGUAAGCGCCUGGAGGACGAUGAGGACAGGCUGCUAGCUACUCUACUGCACAAUAUGAUCGCCUACAUGCUAAUGGUUAAGGUGAACAAGAAUGACAUCAGGAAGAAGGUGAGGCGUCUGAUGGGGAAGUCCCACAUCGGCCUUAGCCACAGCCAGGAGAUCAACGAGUGUCUGGACAAACUGGCUAAUUUGAAUGGCCGCGAGCUGUCCAUCAGACCUAGCGGAAGCCGUCACAUCAAGAAGCAGACCUUCGUGGUGCAUGCUGGGACAGAUACCACGGGGGACAUCUUCUUCAUGGAGGUGUGUGACGACUGUAUAGUCCUGCGCAGCAACAUCGGCACAGUGUAUGAGCGCUGGUGGUACGAGAAGCUCAUCAACAUGACCUACUGCCCCAAGACCAAGGUCCUGUGUCUGUGGAGACGCAAUGGCCAGGAGACCCAACUCAACAAGUUCUACACCAAGAAGUGUCGCGAAUUGUAUUACUGUGUGAAGGACAGCAUGGAAAGAGCUGCUGCCCGACAGCAGAGCAUUAAACCAGGGCCAGAGCUGGGUGGAGAGUUCCCUGUGCAGGACAUGAAGACUGGCGAGGGAGGACUGCUGCAAGUCACCCUGGAAGGCAUCAACCUCAAAUUCAUGCACAGCCAGGAGCGGAAGGUUUUCAUAGAGCUGAAUCACAUUAAAAAGUGCAAUACUGUGAAGGGAGUCUUUGUCCUGGAGGAAUUUGUUCCUGAAACUAAAGAAGUGGUGAUCCACAAGUACAAGACACCCAUGGUGAGUUAAACUCUUCCGCUCUUGUAGCUAAUGCCAUACUCUUGGCAUUCAAUAGCCACCAGAUCUGUUUUAACAGUACUGYGUUGCAUAUACAGUUGAAGUCGGAAGUUUACAUACACUUAGGUUGGAGUCAUUAAACUCAUUUUUCAACCACUCCACAAAU